ACAACAGCGUCAGCGUGGGAAGACAAAGAUUUCUUCAAAUCUUUCCAACUUGAAUCCAACAAUACUACACCAUCCUCAUGCGGCUUACCAUGCAUGAAGCUAUCAUGCUCUGGCCAAGACACCAUCCUACUAGAUACUAACAAAUACUACCUUGGAAGGCCAUACAAGGUGACCGCCAUAGAUUACAAGCAAGGUCUCCUGACCGUCAUCCCGCUCGCAGACGAAGAAAACUCCUCAUCGUCUCCCUGCCCGCUUCUAAAAUCUAUCAGGCCAAGCGUAAUAACAGGCAAUCCUUAUUACGAUAUAGGGUUCGAGAACCCUUGCAGACUAUACGAUGCACCCUAUUAUGCAGCACUAGUAAGCUGUUCAACAGAAUUUGCAUUAGCCAGUGUCCCUGGCCCUGCUACCGAUAACGAUUGUAUUGCUGGCCCCAUCUCUUGCCUUAGCAACCAAACCCACUUCUCCUAUCUGGUGGCUGUUUAUGUUACUAUGUCUUUUCUUCCGUUGGAUUGUGAGGUCAUCUCAGAUGGCCUCAUUCCGAUACCACGUUUUUAUUACUCCGAUUAUUCCUCAUCCACGUUCAGAAAAAGUGCAGAAAGAAUCCUCAAUUUCUCUGAUACCACGAUCUGGUGGUUUAACGACGAUUGCUCACACCCAGCACAGUGUGAAGAACAGGGAGGACGCUGCGCAUUCAGCUCGCAAAGGAAUCAAACAUUCUGCAUGCGUCCAGGUUCACAUGCCAAAGUAAUUGCAGCUACAUCAUCGGUUGCCGCAUUUGUUGUUCUUUUGUUGAUGGUUGCCACUGCACUCUAUCUUUCUCUGAAGACAAAAUAUAACGAAGAGAUACAUCUGAAGGUAGAAAUGUUUCUCAAAACCUAUGGCACAUCUAAACCCACGAGGUACACUUUCUCCGAAGUAAAGAAGAUAUCAAGACGGUUCAAGGUUAAAGUAGGACAAGGUGGAUUUGGAAGUGUGUACAGAGGUGAGCUACCAAACGGAGUCCCUGUGGCGGUUAAGAUGCUAGAAAACUCUGAAGGGGAGGGAGAUGAAUUCAUCAAUGAGGUUGCAACUAUUGGGAGGAUCCACCAUGCAAACAUUGUCCGCCUCCUUGGCUUUUGCUCAGAAGGAACAAGGCGGGCUCUCAUUUACGAAUACAUGCCUAAUGAUUCGCUGGAGAAAUAUAUUUUUUCACAAGAUUCUGAUACUUCUCAAGAACUCCUAGUACCAAGCAAGAUGCUAGAUAUUGCUUUAGGCAUUGCCCGAGGAAUGGAGUACCUGCAUCAAGGAUGUAACCAGCGUAUCCUCCACUUUGAUAUCAAGCCUAACAACAUCUUGCUGGACUAUAACUUCAGCCCGAAGAUUUCAGACUUUGGCCUUGCAAAGCUGUGUGCAAGGGACCAAAGCAUCAUUACCUUGACUGCAGCAAGAGGCACGAUGGGCUAUAUUGCACCAGAGCUAUACUCUCGGAACUUUGGAGAGAUAUCUUACAAGUCAGAUGUUUAUAGUUUCGGCAUGCUGGUGUUAGAAAUGGUUAGCGGAAGGAGGAACUCAGACCCAAGUGUUGAAAGUCAAAAUGUGGUCUAUUUCCCAGAAUGGAUCUAUGAGCAGGUUACCAUUGGGCAGGAUUUAGAACUUGGUAGGGAAAUGACUGAAGAAGAGAAAGCAAUAAUGAGACAGCUGGCCAUUGUGGCACUGUGGUGCAUUCAGUGGAACCCAAAGAACCGGCCAUCAAUGACAAAGGUGGUGAACAUGCUAACAGGGAGGUUGCAGAAUCUACAGGUGCCACCUAAGCCGUUUUUCUCAGCUGAUAGCCAUCCUGUGCUGCAAGACUCAGGACAUGCUGGCAUAAUAUAGCAAAGGAAUUUUAGAAGGAAAAACUUAAAUACACUUGUUUCAAUAAAUUCCUAGCAUUAGGAUGCAAUAUACUCUUAUUACUCCAAACCACCUAAGUAUGCAUGACACUCUUCACUGUGUAACAGAUCCAAUGAGAAAAUUGGAAAUUAGUGGUUUAAUUGCCACUGUUACCUUAAUUAUGCUGCUGCUGGUAA